AUGAGUCAAACGGCGUCAGCAGCAGACACAACUGAUAGAAAUGUGGAAAUCUGGAAGGUUAAGAAGCUGAUUAAGAGCUUGGAAGCCGCUAGAGGGAACGGAACUUCUAUGAUCUCUCUUAUAAUUCCCCCCAAGGAUCAGAUAUCUCGUGUGGCGAAAAUGUUGGCAGAUGAGUACGGAACUGCCUCUAACAUUAAAUCUCGAGUAAAUCGUUUAUCUGUAUUGGCUGCUAUUACAUCAACGCAACAAAGAUUGAAAUUGUACACCAAAGUUCCAACUAAUGGACUUGUCGUUUACUGUGGUACCAUUGUUACUGAUGAAGGGAAGGAAAAAAAGGUUAACAUUGAUUUUGAACCUUUUAAAGCCAUCAAUACUUCUCUCUACCUAUGUGAUAACAAGUUUCACACGGAAGCUUUAUCCGAAUUGCUGGAAUCGGAUAAUAAGUUCGGAUUCAUUGUGAUGGAUGGCAACGGUGCAUUAUUCGGUACCUUGAGUGGCAAUACCAGGGAAGUCAUCCAUAAAUUUCAAGUUGAAUUACCGAAAAAACAUGGUAGAGGCGGUCAAUCAGCAUUGCGUUUUGCUCGUCUUCGUGAAGAAAAGCGACACAAUUAUGUUCGUAAAGUCGCCGAACUGGCAGUCAAUGUCACCGGACUUAUUUUAGCCGGUUCUGCUGAUUUUAAGACUGAAUUAUCUCAAUCAGACAUGUUUGAUUCGCGUCUUCAAGCUAAAAUUAUUAAAUUAGUCGAUGUCUCUUAUGGAGGAGAGAAUGGUUUUAAUCAAGCAAUCGAGCUCGCCGCUGAGAGCUUGGCAAAUGUCAAAUUCAUUCAAGAAAAGAAGCUAAUUUCAAAGUACUUUGAUGAAAUUUCCCAAGACACUGGUAAAUUUUGCUUUGGUGUUGAUGAUACUCUAAAAGGCUUAGAGUUAGGUGCUGUCGAAACUUUGAUUGUUUGGGAAAACUUGGAUGUGUCUCGUUACGUUUUGAAAAAUUCUAGUGGCGCGGAAAUGAUUGUUCAUAUGACCAAGGAACAAGAAAAAGAACGUUCUCUCUUUAUUGAUAAAGAGACGGGUGUCGAGAUGGAAGUGUGUGAUCGUAUGCCACUUUUAGAAUGGUUUGCUGAUCAUUAUAAAGAUUUUGGUGCUACUUUGGAAUUUGUGACCAAUCGUUCCCAGGAAGGCUCACAAUUCGUUAAAGGAUUUGGUGGAAUUGGUGGCUUGCUCCGUUAUAAGGUUGACUUUGACUCUUUGAAUUACGAUAGUGAAGAAGAUGGUUUCUUCUCUGAAAUACUAAAGAGUAAUAAUGAAAAUUAA